UGGUGCGCAUGCUCAGUGUAGUAGCCGGUUAUGGCGGCGGCGAUGUGUGUUUGUCCAUGAGGCGGGGAGCGCGAGCUAUUUUCACGGACUGAACGAGAGCAGCGAUGGCGGGUAUAUUCGAUAUCGAUUUGGAUCAGCCGGAGGAAAAUGUCUCCGACGAUGAGCUCGAGGAGGUAAUUUUCUCGAUUUUGUCGCGUGUGGUUCCACGAGUAUUCGAUGUAACUUCUAAUAGCCAUGUUAGCUAGCUUACUAGGUAUAGAUAGGCCUGUCGUCUUGAUUUGUUACCAAUGCAUUAGGCCCAAUUUGGACAAUGCUACCAGCUAACAUUAGCUAGCCGCAUAGAUCAACCAGCUAAAUUAACACUCAUGAGCUGUCACUUGUUCUCAGCUUUCGCGAGAUAGUUGUUAUACAUGGCAUUACGACAUUUGCAUACGUAACGCGUUAUACUAAUAUUGAAUAUACUAUUUUUAAACUUGCUAGACGUGUGCAGCAAAAGCAAGCGUGCUUUGGUUGCUGGCGUGCAACAGUUUAUUUUGGCACUUCUGCAGUUUGGAACAAUAUGGACUGGAGUGGAGGUCCUUAUGUGGACACAGGCAGAUCCCAAUUUGGACAAGCUUUUAAUCGUGGUUAUAGUGGACAUCCACAGUUCUGAUAGGUCUAUCUAUGAACAAUUUGCGACAACUAGCUAGUGAAUUGGUUGUAUAGGGCCAUGUUUAAAUGGUAUGAAAUAACUGUUCUUGCACUGACAGUUAGCUACCAAGAAUGACAACUUUAGCGUAAACAUUUCGUAUGUAAUCGCAUCUCAUGUUCAGUGCCCUUUGUCAAGGAUUUUGGGCAACACUAAAUAUCACGUCACAUGUUUUUGGGGGUGUAAAAUAUUUACCUCCAUAAAGACUUCUUAACAUUUAUAAGAUAAUAAACGUAAAUUAGGGGUAAAUUCCUAGGCUGUCAAGAAAAGCAGUCUACAGCUCAAGAUCCGCUAUCCAGGAUUCUGAAUUAAUGAUGACUCAGAUCAACGAUUUCAUGGACCAGUGCAGCGGCUUUGAAUUCAAUCUGGACGACUGUGAGAAAAUUGAGAUAUCUGAGGACAACGUCAAUCAAGGAACAGAGAACAUCAGGCCGGAGUGUUUUGAACUGCUGCGAGUGCUGGGAAAGGGCGGUUAUGGAAAGGUUUUUCAAGUUCGAAAAGUUGCUGGAGCAGCAUCGGGGAAGAUAUUUGCAAUGAAGGUUUUAAAGAAGGCUAUGAUUGUACGCAAUGCUAAGGACACUGCCCACACCAAGGCGGAGAGGAACAUCCUGGAGGAAGUGAAGCAUCCUUUCAUCGUGGAUCUCAUCUACGCCUUCCAGACGGGGGGAAAGCUGUACCUCAUCCUGGAGUACCUCAGCGGUGGAGAGCUGUUUAUGCAACUGGAAAGAGAGGGGAUAUUUAUGGAAGACACAGCCUGUUUUUACCUGGCAGAAAUCUCCAUGGCUCUGGGCCAUCUGCACCAGAAAGGCAUCAUCUAUAGAGACCUGAAGCCUGAAAACAUCAUGCUUAACAACCAAGGCCAUGUGAAAUUGACUGACUUUGGGCUGUGUAAAGAGUCCAUCCACGGUGGCACAGUCACCCAUACUUUCUGUGGCACCAUAGAGUACAUGGCCCCAGAGAUCCUGAUGAGAAGUGGACAUAACAGAGCAGUGGACUGGUGGAGUCUUGGAGCGCUUAUGUACGAUAUGCUGACUGGAGCGCCACCCUUCACUGGUGAAAACAGGAAGAAGACCAUUGACAAAAUCUUAAAAUGCAAGCUGAACCUCCCACCCUACCUCACACAAGAAGCCAGAGAUCUCCUGAAAAGGCUGCUGAAGAGAAAUGCCUCAUCAAGACUUGGAGCAGGGGCCGGAGAUGCUACGGAGGUGCAGGCUCAUCCCUUCUUCCGACACAUUAACUGGGAAGAGCUCCUGGCCAGGAAAGUGGAGCCUCCAUUCAAGCCUUUCCUGCAAUCUGCUGAAGAUGUGAGCCAGUUUGACUCUAAGUUCACCAGCCAGACACCAGUAGACAGCCCAGACGACUCCACGCUGAGUGAAAGCGCUAACCAAGCCUUUCUGGGCUUUACGUAUGUUGCUCCAUCAGUACUUGAAAACGUCAAGGAAAAAUUCUCAUUUGAGCCAAAAAUCCGCUCACCCCGACGGUUUUUGGGGAGCCCAAGAACACCAGUCAGCCCUUUCAAGUUCUCUGCUGGUGACAUGUGGCCCCGGGGCCCCUUGAUGCCCGGCGGAUCCUCUCUAUGUCUCCAGUCGCCCCAGGAGCAGGUCAUGGAGGUGUCCGCCUCAGAACAGAUGGAAGUGCAGGCCAGCUCUGAGGCCUCUGCGCCCCUUCCCAUCCGCCAGCCUUCUGGAGCCAACCUGUCCCAGUUCAAACAACAGGCCUACCCUGUCAUGGCCAAGCGGCCCGAGCAUCUACGCAUUAACCUAUGACCAGCAGCUCAUCUUAGAGGAUUUUAUUUUUUCUUUGUUGAUAUUUCUUCUCUUAUUUUUAUCUUUUUUAAAUAUAAAGACACUAGAGACUAUGAAACAUUACAUUUCAGUUCUACACACCAUCACUACCUGAAGUCUCCCUCAGGUUUUCACCUCCAGUGUGCUGCAGCUGAGCUCGGCGGACUGGGCCACUCCCUCAGGUCCCCUUGACCUCUUCACCCUGACCCCUAGCAGGACUGGACCAGCGGGCCGGGGCAUCACUUUGAAUCUUUUAACUUGUUUUUAUUACUCCAUUCUACCACAAAAAAAGGAAUGAGAACAUGUAUAAAAUGUGCAGUAUAUAAAAUAUCAUCCAAAGUGCUUCUUGUUUGAUGAUUGAAUGCUUAUGAUGAAUUAAUUGCUUCCACUGAACACUUGGGAAAUUUGACAGUAUUUCUUGAAGAUUGCUUCCUGGCUCGGAAUGAAAUCAUGAAUUAUUGUUAAUUGAAAAUAUGAUUAGGAGGGUUAUCAAUAAGCUGAGGUUCUGAACAUAGCUUUGUCUUAAUACAAAAGAAAUGCAUCAUGCUAUAUCAAUGAUGGAUCAAUUCAUGAGGGCCUCAAUAAAAACAUGUUUACUUUUUACAUUC